UAAAUACAGUCGGUUUUCAUAUAAUUAGGACUUUGUAUGUCUAUGCUGCUUCCAAAAUUAUAAAAAAGUAUAAAUAUAAAAUCAUUAAAUUUAUGCUCUCUACAAUUACAAUUACAAGGUUUCCAGCAAUACGAAUUUGUUUAAUCAUGUGUACGUUUAACUACACAUAAAUAAUAGGAAGAUGAAUAUUUAAACAAAAUUCAAGUAAAAAUAAAGGCGCAUAUCAAAUAUUAUUAUUAAAAUAAGAAAAUAACAUGAACAAACGUACCAUCAUGACAAGUGGAAACGGAUGUUUAUACACCCGGACAGGUGACUUAUAUUGUUGAAUCAUACAGAAUAUAUUCCUCGUACAUGUGCGUUUUAUCGUAUUCAGUGUUCGUGUCAUUACACUUAGAGACGUUAAGUGAAUAUUUUAACACGAAAUUCAUUAAGGUUACGUGAAUUCUUGAAUAAAACUUCGUAUAAUUGGUUUUAUGCAGUGUACUAUGCACUAAUUUAGAAUUUUACUUAAAUGUCGUCUAUUAAACUGUUUAUAAAUAUUAUCUUCUUAUAGAUACUGUUACAGGACAAGAUAAAGAUAAAAUAUAGUAGAUACAUCUGACAUUAUCGAUUUCUUCAAGCGCGAAACCAAGAAUAUCGUUUAUGAUAUAAAUGUUAUAUUUUUAAAGAAAAUAUCAUGGUGUCAUAAAAUAAUUUCAAAAUUGUGAAAUAAUACUGAGAGUAACAAAGAUGGGUAUAGGUAAAAGUCAAUUUACUGAAGAGGAACUCCAAGAUUAUCAGGAUUUGACCUAUUUCACAAAGAAAGAAGUUUUGCAUGCACAUCAUAAGUUUAAGGCCCUUGCUCCAGAAAAAGUUGGCCACAAUAGAAAUGCCAAACUUCCAAUGUCAAAAAUCUUACAGUAUCCUGAAUUAAAAGUAAAUCCUUUUGGCGAUAGGAUUUGCAAAGUUUUUAGUUCUAGUCAAGAUGGAGAUUGUACCUUUGAAGAUUUUUUGGAUAUGAUGUCAGUAUUUAGUGAUGCAGCUCCAAAAGCAGUUAAAGCAGAACAUGCAUUUAGAAUAUUUGAUUUUGAUGGUGAUGACAUGCUUGGUAUUGGAGAUUUGAGACAAGUAGUAGAUAGACUUACUGCUCCUCAAAGAUUAAAUGAAACAGAUAUGCAACAAGUUCUUCAAUCCAUACUUGAUGAAGCCGAUUUGGAUGAUGAUGGUGCAUUAAGUUUUGCAGAAUUUGAGCAUAUUAUAGAAAAAAGCAACGACUUUUCCAAGAGUUUUUGUAUACCUUUGUAAAAUGUAAAAACUAUAAAACAAUGAUUCAAAUGAGACUGAACUAACAUUAAUAUAACUAUUAGUAUAAAAACAUUUUAAUAUGACAAUGGGCCUAAUCAUUUUUACUAGAUGAAAAAUGGUAAACUUGAAAAUUUAGGAUGCACAUGCCAUUGACUUUUCAAGGCCUAUGAAUAACAGAAACUGUAACUUGGUUUUCCUUAUUUUAAAGAUACAUAAUUUUAUAAAAUGUACCUAAAUGUGUUAAGUAGACGAAUUUAAUUAGAAUAUGUAACAAAUCUGUUGAGUCUAACAUGUAUUUUUAUUAUUGUAAUGUUAUUAUACCAAAGUGUUUUGUCUAUCUUAUACAACUUAUUUAAAAUGUUAUUAUUUUUUAUCACUUGUUG